AUGUCAUUGCGUUUCUUCAACAUCAAAUGGGAAGAUAUUGAUGAGUUUUUAAAAAAUAUUGGUUUUAUGACCGCACAAACGUCUCAUAAAUGGGCAACAGUGUUUGUUAAAGGAGAUUACGAAGAGUUUUCAAAUGAUUUACGUGGUUGUAAACAAACUGAUUCAUUUUAUGAUAUGUUUUCCGAUAUCGAAGCAGAUGCUAAAGCAUUCGUUGUUCAAGCAUGUUCACGAAAAGCAGCAGAUUUCAAAACAAUAGACCUGGCCCAAUCUAUUGAUGAAAAAUAUUAUGAACUAUCGAGAAUUGAGUAA